ACAUGUAAUCCGUUACUUCCCAACCCUGCCGACACCACAUGAAUGCACCAUAAAGCAUUCAAUUAUUUUACUUUAAUUUCAGGUAAAGGAACAUGGCCUCCGCUGGUUUUCUGCUCUUAACGCUCGCUGUCCUCAUCAGUGAAGGAAGUUCACAGGGUUAUGCCUUUGUGGAAAUUCACUGCAAGACUCAAAACAUCGGACAGUAUGAGCAGGAGUCACGACUUGACUGUGUAAUCCACUACUCUGAAAGAGACGUAGUAGACGUAGAAGAUCCUGAAAUCAUGGUGGUAAUUUGGAGGAAAGAGGAGGUUGAAGAACCCAUACUUAAAUACAACCAUGGAAAACUAACAUCGUUGCCUGGAUAUUCAUUUGCUGAACCGUCCUGGAACAACAAGAACGUGAACGUAUCCCUGCUCAUUCACAAAACUGCUGUUAAGGACGAGGGAGUUUAUACAUGUUUUGUGUUCACAAACAGUGGUUUUAACAGCAACCAAACCAGACUGAACGUCACAGCCAAAUACGGAGUGCCAACUAUUCAGCCUCAACCUCAGGACAUUGAUCUCGACACCGACGGUUCCCUGACAUGCAAGUCCACCGGCUACCCAAAAGGCCGACUCAGCUGGUUUGAUAAAGACAUCAAGCCUUGGUUAGACCAACCCGAGGUGAAGGUGCUGAAGACAGAGAAUGGUCUGUUUCUCCUCUCAAGCACGCUGAAAAUACAGGGAGGAUCCGCCUUCUCCCAGUACACCUGCAAAGUGUUCAACGCCAGAGGAGACGAAGAGGUGGAGAAAUCUUUCAACAGUGCAGGAAGUUCACAGAGUGAAGCCUUUGUGAAAAUUCACUGCAAGACUCAAAACAUCGGACAGUAUGAGCAGGAGUCACGACUUGACUGUGUAAUCCACUACCUUGAAGAGGUAGAAGAUCCUGAAAUCUUGGUGGUAAUUUGGAGUAGAGAGGGGGUUGAAGAACCCAUACUUAAAUAUGAAAAUGGAAAACUAACAUCGUUGCCUGGAUAUUUAUUUGCUGAACCGUCCUGGAACAACAAGAACGUGAACGUAUCCCUGCUCAUUCACAAAACUGCUGUUAAGGACGAGGGAGUUUAUACAUGUUAUGUGUUCACAAACAGUGGUUAUAACACCAACCACACCAGACUGAACGUCACAGGUGAGCUCUAAGAUAAAAGUUUGUCUCAGCUUUUUGGCACACACACACACACACACACACACACACACACACACACACACACACACACACACACACACACACACACACAUAUGGAUCAUUUUGAGGGAAUAAUUAAUCUCUGAAGCAGCCCCAGACAGCCCAUUUUUUAAGUCCUGUGUUGGGCUCUGGUUUCAUGUGUCGAGUAAUCUCCAUCUGAUUCCUGCUGUGAAAUGUGGCAUGUAUAAACAAAGAGACUGGUUUAUGUCUGUCUUUUGUUGUGUUUAUGUAGCUUUUUUGCGACCGAGUGCAACUUCUCCACAUCAGCUGUUAUCUUCUCAAUCUCAGAUAUUUGUUUUCCUUCUUCUUUUUCAUCGGUCGUCUCUCAGAGAAACUGGCUCACAUGCCUUUAAAAUCUUGAAUUCUGAUCAAGCCCGUCAGACCAAAUAUUCUCUGCUGCAUAUGUGAAUGAUUAACUGUUCUCUAACACAGAUUUAACCAUUGACCUGGUUGGAUAAAAAACAGUGCGAUGAGUUCAUGAAAAGGUAAACACGACAAACGUCUUUAAACUUCUCUCAGUAGAUGAGCUUCAAAUCAGUGUGUGCAAAAAUACUGAACUUUAUACUCUUUUUUAAAAUGAUUUUUAAAUUGGUUUGUUUUUUUAGCACUAGCACCU